UAAAGGCCGGGCGGGCCGGUGCCGCCGCGCUCCCGCCGCCCCGCCCCGCCAUGCCGCGCGGCUUCCUCGUCAAGCGCAGCCGGCGCCCCGGCGGCUCCUACCGGGCGCGCCCGCGGGAGCGGCACCCGGACCGGGACCCGCCGCCGCCCCCGCCGCCCGCCGCCGCGGACGGCCCCGCCGCCAGGCAGGGGGCGGAGGACGAGGGGGAAGGCGAGGAGGAGGAGGGCGCCGCCGCCGCCGCUUGCCCCGCGACGUGGCCCGGCGGCAGCGGCCCCGGGCUCGCCCCGCCGGGAGGGCCUCCCGCCUGGGGGUCGGCGGGGCCCUGCAGCGCUGCGGGGCCGCGGGCAGCUCUCUUCGAGCGGUGCCUCAGCUCCCCCGCCUCCGCCGAGUCCUUCCCGCUGGCCGCCUCCUUCCCGCCCGCCGAGAAGCUGCUGCUGCAGCCCCGCACGCCGCUGCCCGCCCCGCCGCCGCCGCCGGUGUCCGCGCUGAAGCGGCCGCCGCGGGCCAAGGCGCCGGCCAAGAAGGCCAAGGCGACGCGGAAGCUGAGCUUCGCCGACGAGGUGACCACCUCGCCCGUGCUGGGGCUGCGCAUCAAGGAGGAGGGGCCCGAGAACCGGCCGGGGCCGGGGCCGCCGGCGGGGCGCACGCCGCUGGGCGAGUUCAUCUGCCAGCUGUGCAAGGAGCAGUACGCGGACCCGCUGGCGCUGGCCCAGCACCGCUGCUCCCGCAUCGUGCGCGUCGAGUACCGCUGCCCCGAGUGCCACAAGAUCUUCAGCUGCCCCGCCAACCUGGCCUCGCACCGCCGCUGGCACAAGCCGCGGCCCGGCCCCAGCGCCGACGGCUCCGCUGCGGCCGCCGCCGCCGCCCCGCCGGGCAAGGAGAACAGCCCCGAGCGGCGGCCCCGCGGCCCCGGCGCGGACAGCGCCGGCGGCGCCCCGGCCCCCCCCGGCCCCGGCCCCGCUGCCGGCGGCGGCCCCGGCGGGGAGGCGUUCGCCUGCCCCUGCUGCCAGAAGCGGUUCCGACGGCAGGCCUACCUCCGCAAGCACCUGGGCACCCACGGGGCGGCCCGGCCCGCCGCCUACGGCCCGCCCGAGCGCGGGCAGCUCGCCUUCGCCUGCCACCUCUGCGGCGCCCGCUUCCCCUCGGCGGACAUCAGGGACAAGCACCGGCUGUGGCACGCCGUGCGGGAGGAGCUGCUGCUGCCGCCGCCGGCCGGGCCCCCCGAGGGCGGCGCGGCGGGCGGCGAGCGGCAGGGCUUCCCCUGCAAGCACUGCCCCGCCACCUUCUUCAGCGCGCCCGGGCUGGCGCGGCACGCCAGCAAGUGCCACCCGCCCGAGAGCAGGCAGGUCCUGCUGCUCCAGGUGCCCGUCCGGCCGGGCUGCUAGGCCGGCGGCCGCCCGCGAUGGGAUUGCUCCGGGAGCCCGGGCGAGCCGAGCGAGUCCCGUCCACGCUGUAAUUCCUAUGGAAAGUCGCGGUACUCACGGCUAACGGAGGCGGAGGAGCCGCCCGCGGGGGCCCGGCCGGCGGGCAGCACCGCUCGCCCCCCCUUUCCCCCGCCCCCUCCCCCCCCCCCCCCCCGCUCCGCGCCCGCACGGCGGGAGGCUCAAGCGCCCCGCGCAACGGGCGCGCAGCGCUGCGCGGCCGCCGCCGCAGGCAGCCCGGGAGCUGGGCCCGGCCGGCAUCUGCCGGGAUGCGGGCGCUGCCGGGGGCGCGGCUGCCGGCCCACCGAGAGUACACCUUCCGUAGCUACUCUCGCGUAGAAGUACAGCUGUAUAUACGAUAUUUAAAGAGAGGAAUUAUUUUUUUCGUGAGAAAAGGAGCCUGAUCUAGUGACCUGGUUUGAAUAGCCUUAGCCCCCGAGCUUCAACUUUUAAGUUAUUGUGAGGUGUUUCGUUUGCUGUACUCUGUACUGAGAUAGUCGAGAAGGUAAAUGUUCAUAUGAAGUCAAUGUCAAGUCAUAUAAUAGCUAGCAAAUCGUAUGGGAAAUUAAUCGUGCUGUCUGCUUAAUUAAAAUACAAGGUGUUGAUCUUCUAUAGCUCAGUACGCAUCUCCCGCUCACCCCGUGCACCUGUACCCUCGCGGCCAGGCGGUGGGCAAACUGUGCCUCCCCGGCAGCUGCCCCUUCCCAAACCCGCUCCCUCGGCGGCACGGUGGCGCGGCACGGACGGCAGCGAGAGGCGCGGCUGGGUCUCUGGCCGGGCAGCGUGUGGCCCUGCCGUCGCCCCCCGGCCUCCUCGGGCGGCCUCCGAGCCCUCUGCCCCUGAGCCACGCUGCCGGCGCGAGCUCCUCCGGGUCUGCUGAGCAGCUGAAGUGAGAACACGGAACAGUCUUUCGGGGUGUUGCUAAAGCGCAGGCGACAGGCGACCUUCCUCCUCCCUGGCGAGACCUCUACCUUCAGCGGAGCAACCCGCAGUGUGCGUGUUCCCCGGCUUUAACGCUGGCCUGGCCAAACGCUUUGAAAUACUGUCGAGUUUACCAGCUACUGACAUUUCAGCCGGUAUUUAUUUAUUUAUUUAUUUAUUUAUUUCCCCCCCCCCCCACGCACGAGUGCUUGUUUCUAAAUGUGAUAGCAGAUGAGGCCAAAAAUAAGGGCAAGCAAAUUCAAUAAAGGAUUUAAACCAAACCUGACGCCUUUCUUGAAUUCAGCAGGGCAAAGUGGGUCAGGUCAGCUGGUGAUUUCCGAAGAACCGAAUUGAUCCCAGCUGUAGUCUUUGUUCUAACACUCUCUCUGAAAGGAGCAUGCAAAAUAUUUCAAUCUUUUGAUUAGCAUCCUCUAAAGCAAUUAUUUCUAUAGUUUUAUAUUUUACUACACGUAACAAAAGACUCACAUGUAACACGCCCAGAGGCUGAAGGCAAGUGAUAAGUGCUUUAUUUUAAAUGUGCUUCACGGGCUUUCUCAUUUUUACUUCCAGGACCUGGACAAAUGAAUUAAUACCAUAUAAGCUAAAGCAGCCAAGAUUUGCUGCCUGAUGAAGGAGGCUAAACUUGCAGCUCACUCUUCUCAGGCCAGAAAUGAAGCACAUUAUUUUAAGUUGCGCAUUUUUCCAUCAUUUGUUGGUAAUGGAGGCUUAAGUAAAAAAGUCCGUUUAUACAAUUAAAUGAGUUCUCCCCUGGAGAAGGUCACUAUGUUUUUUUAAAUCAUCAGUCUCCUUUCUCCAUUUGUGCAAAGACGAAGGGCUCCAGACCACAGAAACCUGAUGAUUAUUAACUGCUCCUACAAUUAGCACUCGAACCACCAGCCUGCAGGAGGGAACGUCCUGCGCUCUGCGUUACCUGCGGGGCUGCGUGUGGUGGUGUAUUCACUAGGGCCAGCGAAAAGUUUUCAGUACGGUGUUCUUGGGAUGGGCUGGGGAAAAGCUCCUAAGAACUCGUGUGCAGUUUUUGAUAUGAAAACUAAGCUGUGUAUCGCACUUAACUGCUCCACACGUAAUAAUGUUGUUCUAUAAACUGGAGUAAGAAUUUAAUCACUGAGGUGAAUGACUAAUAUACAAAAGGUGGUAAGAAUAAUUUUAUUGUAUUAUUAAAUAACAUGUCUUCUCUUCAACCAUUACAAAUUUGUAGAUACUACAUGAAUGACAAUACAUAAUUUAUCUUUUUAUUGUUGCCCAUAUGAUAUAUUUACACAUGCAGUUAGUACCGAUGUCAUGCUACAUUUUGUCAAGAGCAUUUUGUUUGCCAGAUUCAAAAUGUGAGCAUUUCAUCUUCUGUAGGAAAAUAUCUCUGGGUGGAACAUGUGUACUAAUCUGCACUCACAGGGUUGGAAUUGUCAGCAUCUCAGGCGAGGCUCCUGGAAGAUGUUCCCUUUUCUUCUCUAGUACACAUCAUCAGAGCAGUUAAUUUCUAUCAGGAAAGUGCCUUUUUUUUUAUUUGUGUGUUUUUGUUUUUUUUUGUUUUUUUUUUUUUUUUUUGUUAAAUA